AUGUUCAGUGGCACUGCCAUAGAAGCCUCACCGGAGCUUCGACGGUCCAUAUGUCGCAGUGAGUUGCCAUGUCUUAUUUGUGCUUCGGUUGGUCGACGUUACUCACAUCGAAUUCCGGCACUCGAAACUCUUCACAAGGCUUGGUCAUCGCGCGCAGAAAGGUCGAAAUAUGCGAAGUUUGCUCCCGCGCUCAAAGAUGCAGCCGCAAAAGUAGAUGAGUAUUACGAGAAGACGACACACUCCGCUGCGUAUGUAUUGUUAAUGUUACUCAACCCCACAGGGAAAAUGUCAUAUUUCACGAAGCAUUGGCCAGAGGAUCUGCACGAUGACGUGCUUUCUACUGCGGAGACAGUGUUCAAAGCCCGUUAUCUUCAGCUGAACCAAAACUGGCAGUCUCAAGAAGUUAAUUCGCGAAGUCCUCAACGACGCAACCAGCUUAAGGCCGACAUCGUCGAAGCACUCCAGUGUCUUAAAUGUGCACUACGACACGAUCUUCUGUUCUGGGAGCCUGCGCCAUCGUCUCUCGUUGAGUUGGAGCACCUGGACGACGAUGAUGAAGAAGUGGAAGUGGAAGAGACUGGUGAUGACGAAGAAGGUUGGGACAUUCUGCUUUUGGGCGAUGAUGCUGAGGAUGUGUCAGACACUGAGACGGACAUUUACUAGAUAUAUUGUAAUUAUGCUGCCUAAUGCCACAGUGGUCUUGAGCUGUCUGUUGGCUGCGAAAAGCCGCGGCCUGGUUGGGCUUAAGCCCCGGCUUUGGGCUGGCUUGGGCUCACGGCCUAGGCUCAGGAAUCUUGUGAGCCUAAGCCCCUCGAGGCCAAGCCUAAGCCGGGGCUUUGAGCCUAAGCCGGGCCGGAACAUCACUAGUUAC